CUUGUGGUCGUACCAGCUACUGUUUGUGCUGUUUAUUUAUCGAAGCCUGUCUUUCGACAAUUUUCCGCAAGGCACAAAAAAAAACGACGACACAGACAGCAGACAGCAGCAACGAACAACCCUCGCACACACAAACAAGCAAGAAGCAAGAGAAGCAACACAAGCAAGAGGCAAGACAAGCAACGAAUCGGCUGACACCAAGCAGAGCAGCAGAGAAGACAGCAGCAGAACAAGAAGAAGAAGAGGAAGCUCUACUUCAACAUGCCUGGACUCACGUCUGUCGGCGGCGUGCUGGCGCUGCUGGAUGAACCAGAGACAGAACUCAAGGUGUUUGCCAUCAACAAGCUCCUGGCUCUGGUGGACAACUUCUGGCCCGAGAUUGCCAACGUCAUCAACAAAAUUGAGGAGCUGUUUGAGGACAAGGCGUUCCCUGAGCGCACACAGGCCGCUCUGCUGGCAUCGCAGGUGUACUACCACCUUGGCGAACUGGACGAUGCCUUGCACUUUGCCCUCUUGGCCGAAAACGCCUUCAACGUCGAGGACACAUCCCUCUUUGUCACCACCAUCACAGGGUGGGCCAUGGACACAUAUGUGGCGAAGCGGCAGGCGACGCCACCGGCUGACAUUGACCCCGCCCUGGAGACUAUGGCAAACCGCAUGCUCAACCGCUGCCUUAUCGACAAGCAGUUCCAGCAGGCCAUUGGGCUUGCACUGGAGGCGCGCCGCCUGGACAUUGUGGAGCAGGCGCUCGACCAGUGCGACAACAAGACGGAGAUGCUUGCGUACACAUAUGACGUUGCCAUGCGCCACAUCCCGAUCCGCACCUUCCGCGACGACGUGCUUGCCCUGCUGGCCGACGCCUACAAGAAGCACGCCGGUCAAGACGUUGUCAACCACCUGCAGUGCCUCGUUGCCGUCGAAAACACGGCAGCCAUCACCGCCCUCCUCACCCAACUCAUCGCUGACGAUAAGCUGAUGGCGUACCAGCUGACGUUCCACCUUGAGCAGAUGGCGAGUCAGCACUUGCAGCAGCAGAUUAUGGCCGCCAUCGAUGCGGCCACCCAGCAGGAGGGCAACGACAACGCCCCAAUCCCCGCUGCAGAGGCGAAGCGGCUGAAGGAGAUUCUCAGCGGCGAAAUUUCCCGCCCGCUCUUUGUCGAGUUUAUGGGCAGAAACAACAAAACCGACACGCUCAUCCUCGAGAAGACAAAGAAGAGCAUCCAGGGCCUGUCGUCCGUGCUCGACAACGGGCUUGUGCUGUCGCACAGCGUCAUGUCUGCGGGCACCACCUCGGACAAGUUCCUUCGGGAGAACCAGCAGUUUCUUGGCCGCUUCACCAACUGGGCCAAGUUGACGACGGUGGCGAGUCUUGGCGUCAUCCACAAGGACCACACCUCUGCCGCCAAGAAGGUGCUGCAGCCAUACCUUCCCUCCGAGAACAGCACCAACGAAUACGAAAACGGCGGCGGCCUCUACGCUCUCGGGUUGAUCUAUGCGAACAACGGCGCGUCGCAGGUUGACUAUCUUGUGGAACAACUCAAGACAGCGUCCACGGAGCCCGUGCAGCACGGCGCUGCGCUGGGCCUUGGCCUCGCCGCCAUGGGCCUGGCCCGCGAAGACGUGCACACCGAGCUCAAGAACGUCCUCUUCUCCGACAGCGCCGUCGCCGGCGAGGCAUGUGGCAUUGCCCUCGGCCUAAACAUGCUGGGCACGCUGAACGAGGAGGCGCUGGAGACGAUGAUCGCCUAUGCCGUGGACACACAGCACGAGAAGAUUAUCCGCGGCCUUGCUGUUGGCGUGUCGCUCAUCCUGUACGGCCGGCGCGAGCAGGCCGACGCCCACAUUGACCGCCUGGUGGGGGACAAGGACCCGAUUCUUCGCACGUCCGCAUGCCACUCCAUGGCCAUGGCUUACGCCGGCACAAACAACAACAACAUCAUCCGCAGGCUGCUGCACAUUGCUGUGACGGAUGCCAACGACGAUGUGCGCCGCGCCGCUGCCACGGCCCUCGGGUUUGUUCUCAUCCGCACGCCCGAGCAGCUGCCCAGCGUGGUUGCCCUCCUGUGCGAGAGCUUCAAUCCGCACGUGCGCGCGGGCUGCUGCAUGGCACUCGGCAUUGCCUGCGCGGCCACGGGCAACAAGCAGGCCAUUGAGCUGGUCGAGCCCAUGAUCAAGGACUCUGUGCGCUACGUGCGGCAGGCGGCGCUGAUUGCCAUGGCGCUCAUCCUGAUGCAGCAGCCAAACAGCAGCGCCAAGGCCACGUCCUUCCGCAAGUCGCUGCCGGAGAUUAUCGCCAACAAGCACGAGGUUGUGCUUGUCCGGUUUGGCGCCAUCCUGGCACAGGGCAUCCUGGAGGCUGGCGGCCGCAACGUGACCGUGCAGGCCUGCCGCGACCACGGACACAUGGACGCCCCCACCAUUGUCGGCCUCCUCGUCUUCACCCAGUUUUGGUUCUGGUACCCGUUUACGCACUUCCUGUCCAUGGCGCUGACGCCGACCGCGCUCAUCUGCCUCAACGGAGACAUGCAGAUGCCGCGGAUUGACGUCAAGUCCAACGCGCCGCCGUCCCGCUUUGCCUACCCAACAGCAACGGCGCAGCCAAAGGAAAAGAACAAGGAGAAGGUGGCCACGGCAAUCCUCUCCAUCUCCAACAAGAAGAACACCCGCCGGAAACUUGGGUCGCUGAGCGAGAUGGACCUCAAGGCGGACGAGGAGACAGCGAAGAAGGAGAAGGAAGAGAAGGAGAAGAAGGAGAAGGAGGCGGAGGAGGAGAAGAAGGAGCCAGAGCCCGAGUUUGAGCUCCUGUCCAACCCAACGCGCGUCGUCAAGGACCAGCUGCCCCUCAUCUCCAUUCCCAAGGAGUGCAGAUACAAGCCUGUGUCCCGCAUCCACGGCCCAAUUGUUGUUCUGCGCGACACGACGCCUGGCGAGGAGGAGGAGCUCAUCACCAUCGCCGCUGCCGGCGCCGACGACAAGAGUGGUACGGGUUCGGGCGCAGACUCGGACGAACCUUCAAUGCCACCCGCUUUCGACUUCAACGUCGAGCUGGAAGACGAGAACUGAGCACCACGGCCUCUGCCUGUUUUGGUGGCUGCGAACCACACACCAGCAAUUCCGUGUGCGUGUUACGUGACAGCGCAACAGGAUUCGUCAUGUGUGGGCGGUGCGACCUGUGUGUGUUUCUGUGGGUAACCUUGCGUGUGUUUUUGGGUUGUGCCACGUCAAUCCCCGGCUGCUUCUUGCUCGUUUGUUUGUCUGUUUGCUGAGAAUACAAAACACCAUGUGGA